ACCGAAGAUGGAUAUAUCUUAAACAUGCAAAGAAUCCCAGAGGGACGUGCAGGUGGAAGUGGCGGUGGAAAGAAGCAGCAGCCAGUACUGAUACAGCAUGGAGUCCUUGUGGAUGGGAUGACGUGGCUCCUGAAUUCACCUGCACAAAACCUGCCCAUGAUUUUGGCUGAUAAUGGCUUUGAUGUCUGGAUUGCUAACACCAGAGGCACUGGAUUCUGCAGGCAGCAUGUCUCCCUUGACCCUGCCCACCCGCAAUUCUGGGACUGGUCAUGGGAUGAACUGGUGACUUAUGAUCUACCCGCUGUUUUCGAAUCUGUGUUCAACCACACCGGCCAGAAGAUUCAUUACAUCGGCCAUUCCCUGGGAACUCUUAUAGGUUUGGCAUCAUUCUCAGAGGGACAUCAGGUAGAUAAGCUGAAAUCUGCAGCCUUUUUAAGUCCAAUCGCAUACUUAAGCCAUAUGAAGACUGCACUCGGUGUGCUUGCUGCAAGAGCCUUUGUUGGUGAGAUCACUACAAUGUUUGGAAUAGCAGAAUUCAACCCUAAAGGACAAGAGGCAUCAGUCUUUCUCAAAGCUUUGUGUGAUUAUCCAGGAGUUGACUGCUACGAUCUAGUAUCUGCAAUUACAGGUAAAAAUUGCUGCCUCAACGCUUCCACGGUUGAUCUUUUCUUACAGAAUGAGCCACAGUCAACAGCAACCAAAAACAUGGUGCACUUAGCUCAGACAGUCCGAGACGGGGUCAUCAAGAAAUUCGACUACGGGAGGCCGGACUAUAACCUGAUGCAUUACGGAGAAGGCAGGCCGCCGGUUUACAACAUCUCGAACAUCCCUCGAGACCUUCCGAUAUUCGUUAGCUAUGGAGGGCAAGACGCUCUGUCUGAAGUUUAAGAUGUGGAGCUGUUGCUGGAUCAUCUCAAGUUCCAUGAUGUGAACAAGCUGUCGGUUCAGUACGUCAAGGAUUAUGCACAUGCGGAUUUCAUAAUGGGUAUAAAUGCCAAGGAUAU